AUGAAUAACUGUCAACAGACAGAAGAAACAAAAAAGUUAUUCCCUGGUGCUGUUAAAGUUCUCAUUUUUACUCUUUUACUAUGGACAUGGCAACACUUUAAUAUGUCCGCUACAUAUGGAGCACAGCUGGACAACAAGGAUGUAGGGGAAAAGGGGUCAAGCAUGAAGGGCGCCAGGUGCCUGAAGGGAACUGAAACUUUAUUUCCGGAUUAUUAUGAGUUUUCAGGAAAACGCGGAUCAUCUUAUUUUUGCCCAAAUGACAGUGACAGCGUACAGGGAAGUCAAUAUUUUUGUCCGGGCCUAUCUAAAGGACAAAACAAGGAUUACUACGAAAUGACAAAGUCUGAUGCGGGAGACUCAAGUGUAUCAUAUCAGGAAUCGACCAAUGACCUGUUCUACAACGAUAAUUAUGAAGAUCUAGUAGAAUAUAAUGGAAUUGAUGUAUGUAAUUAUGGACAAAGCCAGCAUGGUCGCAGUAGACUUAGUAGAAGCAUAAGGCGCAUACGGAACUUUUUACGUAAAAUGGAUAAGUGCUUUGAGAAGCAAUUGAAAAGAGUGAUGUGGUAUGAAGAAGAAAGUAUUCGUAAUAUACGUGGAAGGAUGAGUGGAAUGGCAAGAAUGAAAGUAUUUUUGCUUGAGAAAAAUAUAAUGUCACCAGCAAUAAUAAGUGCUGUGGUCUCAUUAAUAUGUGCGACGGUAGGUCACACUAUGAUUAGUAUCAUAUUUGCUAUGAUAACAAAUGUUAUCUUAAUUUACAUCAUACUAAAAAUUUUAAAAAUGGGGUUAAAUGCAACAACAUUAUUAAAGUGUUCACGGGAAGGAGCAUAUUUCGUAUAA